UGUUUUAAAAAAAAUAUUGUUGAAAAGGAAAUAAAGAGAGAUAAUACAUUUCAAGCUUAUAAAUUUAUUCUUUAGUGAAGGAAUAAGAAAUUAUAUAAAUGGAUGCUCCUGUGAAAAUUCAAAAUAAUGUUUCUCAAAACGAAGAAACUAAAUCGACUGCAAUUGAAGAGUUUGCAAAGAAUGGAAUGAAACAUAUUAUAAAUGCAACAAAAGCAGUCAGUUCUUUGCCUUUUGGGUCUACUCGAGACCUUUAUUCGGCUCAUCCAAUUUUUUCAAAGGUUAUGGGGCAGCAAUCUGAUAACAUUUUAAAUGUAAUGCAAUCGAUGCUAUCAUUUCAAGAAAUUAAACACAACGUAAAGAAUUGUGAUAAUGAUGAGAAAUUUGAAAUUCUUCAAGACUAUAAUGAUUCUGCUUUGGAGAAAGUGAACUCAAAUCUUGAUGAAUUGGCAGGAAUGCGAAAGAAAGCUCCGAUUCUUCUCACAGAAAUUAAAACAACAUCAAUUCCUAAGCAAUAUCAACUUUCGGCUUCAUUUGAUUCUCCUUCAAACGUUCAAAAAGCAAAACUUACAACUGCUAAGAAUAUUCCAAGGCCUCAAGUGAAUUUCACAAGACCAGUUGAUAAUAGCAACAAUCCUUUUGUUCCAAUCCUCAAAGAUAAACCAAAUUCUUUAAAGCCGCUUUCAAUUCUUCCUGAAUAUGAUGAAGAUGGAAAUAUAACAAGCUAUUUACAUCCAUAUCAAUUUGAAAUUGAAAAAUUUGAGCCACAAGAUGACCGGUUGAUUAUAAAAUCUGUUGAAACAACAUCAGAUAUAGCAAAUGCAGAAUUCACAUUUGUAGACAGCAUAGAUAAGUUGAAUGAUAUGCUUGAAAAGUUGAGAAUGUCGAAGGAAAUAGGAGUAGACUUAGAACAUCACUCAUAUAGAACUUUUCAAGGCAUCACUUGUUUAAUGCAAUUAUCAACUAGAAAAGAGGAUUUCAUAAUUGAUACAAUUGCUUUACGUGAUGAACUUCAUAUUCUCAAUGAAUUUUUUACUGAUCCAAAAAUUGUUAAGAUUUUUCAUGGAGCUGACAGUGACGUUGAAUGGCUUCAACGUGAUUUGUCGCUUUAUCUUGUAAAUUUAUUCGAUACUCAUCAAGCUGCGAGACGACUUGGAUUUUCAAGAUUAUCUUUAGCGUUUUUGUUGAAGCAUUACUGCGAUAUUGAUGCUGAUAAGACUUUCCAACUUGCAGAUUGGCGGAUGCGUCCACUUCCUGAACAAUUUUUGAAAUAUGCUCAACAAGACACGCAUUACCUUCCUUUCAUCUUUGAUCGAAUGACCAAUGAUUUGAUUGAAGCAGCUAAUCAACAAACAAAUCUUCUAAAAACUGUUUAUAUGGACAGUAAAAUAAUUUGUCUUAAACGAUAUACAAAACCUGUCUUCACAAUUGAUUCUUAUAAAGAAAUUUAUUUGAAAUCAAAGAAAAUGUUCAACGAGCGUCAGUUGACUGCUUUGAAGGAAAUUUUUGCAUGGCGUGAUAAAAUUGCACGUUUAGAAGAUGAGUCUUACUCUUAUGUUUUGCCCAAUCAUAUGUUGCUUCAUAUUGCUGAUACAUUGCCUAGAGAAAUGCAAGGAAUUCUUGCGUGCUGCAAUCCAAUUCCUCCUCUUGUUCGUCAACAAUUAAAUAAUAUCCAUCAAAUUGUGCUUAAAGCUCGAGAUCAACCAAUGAUUAAAGCACUGUCAGUUGAUAACAAUUCUCUACGACCAGUUGUAAGUAAUAAUCAGAAAAAGGAAUUAUUUAAUCAUCCCUUAUAUUGUCCACAUGAUGUAAAUCAUUUACGAGAGAUAAACGACAAUUUACCGACGCUUCUUGGAGAAAGAAAUUUUCAACAAAAAAUUGAAACGAUAACAGAAGAAGUUCAAUUGUCUGUGUUCAAUAAUAAUUUACAAUUUAAUAAUCAACUUUGUAAAAAGGAAACGCAGUUAUUUAUCUCACCAUAUCAGCGAUAUAAACUCAUGAUUCCAUUUAUGGAAGAAAGAAGAAAAGCUGAAAUGAUUAUUGAAGAAGAAAAGAGGAGAGAGAAAUUAAAUGAGAAACGAUUGCAAUUACCUGAACUUCAAGUUGUAAAAAUCGCUAGUUCUGAAGUAGCCACAACACCAUUAAAAGACAUAAGAAAGGAAGAAUCGGUUUUUGUCAAAACAGAUAACUUGAAAGCUAAUCGUAAGCAUCCUUACAAUAGAUACAAAAAGAAAAAUGAUUCAACAAUACAAGCUACAGAAAAUCAAUCCAAAAUAUCUGAAAUUUCUCAAGAAAUAAAUAAUUUGAGGAAGAAAAUUAAUAAUGCAACAAAGAUAGAAGAAGCUUGCAAUUCAAAAUCGGACGACGUUUCAUCCUUCAACUAUUCACAAGUUAAUAAUUAUCAACGAUUUAAAGCUUCAAAGCCGGAACCUCAAAAACACUUAAAAGAUGAUAAAAAGAAAUUCAAAACAGGAAAUAGAAAUAAAAAUAAUAUUAACAAAUUGUUCAACUUUUCAAACUUCCGACUGAAUAAAAAUGUACUUAUAUUUAUAAGUUACAUGUCAUUAUUUAUUGCUCAAGGAAUUUUCGUGACAGCAUCACAGGAAAAAAAUUAUACAUACAAAUAUGACACUGUGACACUUGUGUUUCUUACUGAAGCAUUGAAAUUAUUUGUUUCAUCUGUUCUUUACUGUAGAGAACACACAUUCAAAUCUCUCUUGUUGAACAUCGUCAAAGGAUCUAAACUAUUUGCCUUAUACUUCUUACCAGCAUUCUUAUACUGCUUGUACAACAACUUGGCUUUUCAUAAUCUCUCUGUAUUUGAUCCCACAACAUAUUAUCUCUUACUCCAAUUUCGUGUUGUCAUAACUGGAAUUCUUUUUCAAAUCGUCUUCAAAAAGUAUUUAAGUAGAAAUCAAUGGCUCUCGUUAUUUUUAUUGACAUUAGGAUGUAUGAUUAAACAAGUGAACUUCGGUGACAUGCCUGUAAUUACAGAAACUCAAAAUGUUAAUCAGCCACAAAAGAAUCUUGUUGGUAUCGAUUUAAGUAUCAACGCAAUCUUCAUUUUUAUUCAAGUUAUUUGUUCAUGUCUAGCUGGUGUUUACAACGAAUAUCUUUUAAAGGGCAAAGGACAGGACGUCAAUAUAUAUAUUCAAAAUAUUUUCAUGUAUAUCGAUUCCAUAAUAUGUAAUGGAUUGUUGCUUCUAGUCCAAGGAAAUAUUUUGAAUGCCUUCUCAGGUGAUAAUCUCAUUGAAAUAUUUAAGCCUGGUGUGAUAUUAAUAGCAAUUAAUAAUUGCUGUAUUGGAAUAGUUACAAGCUUUUUCCUCAAGUAUAUGAAUUCUAUUCUGAAAACUUUCGCAAGUGCUUUUGAGCUGCUAUUCACGGCCAUUCUUUGUUGGAUUCUUUUCUCAAUACCAAUUUAUAUUAAUACAUUUCUGGCUAUUACCAUUGUAUCGUUUGCUGCUUAUUUGUAUUCAAUGACUCCAGUGGUUAACAUUGGAAAACAUUCUACAGAUAAUGUCACUCAUGCCAAAUAUUUUAACAAAUCUUCAGAAGACUUGUCUGAAGAAGAGGAAAAUCUUUUAGUGAUGGAAAAAGUUUGA